AUCUCAGUUUGCACCUUCGGCUUUUCAUAUGUUAACUUGUUAAUAUAGAUCUACCGUAAAUCUAGAUAUUUGUAGAAAUAAUUGUUAAUUAUAAACAGCAAUUUAUGCUUCUCAUACUUAGGCUAGUCUAGAUCUGCUAAAUAUUUAGGACUAGAUAUCUAAAUCUGUCAAGCAAAUGCUAGUUAUAGAUAAGAUUAAUAAUUAAGAUCUAAGCCGUCUGAGACAAAGAAAUAUGGAACAAAAUUUUUGCAUCCAAGAAAAUAAACGUGUUUUAUUUAUUGGUCUGGCAUGUGUCGAUCUUUUCCAAAUUCUGCAGUCUUAUCCCAUUGAAGAUAUGGGUCACAGAUGCACAGAAAGUUAUUGGCAGCGUGGAGGUAACGCUGGUAACUCUGCAACUGUUUUUGCAAUUCUUGGAGGAUUGGCUGAAUAUUUUGGUACUCUCGCUAUUGACAAAGAGUUGCAGUUUAUUCAGCAAGAUUUUCAAGAAAAUAAUGUUGUUGCCCAAAACUGUGUGUUGAUAGAUAAAGCCACAUGCCCACUUAGUGUUGUAAUAAUUAGUCUAGGUUCUCACAGUCGGACUGUUUUGCAUACAAAUAAAAAUCUGCCUGAGUUGACUAUACAACAUUUCCAGCAAAAAAUUCUGCAACCAGAUCUGUCACCAACUUCCUUACAGUAUGGAUGGAUUCACUUUGAGGGGCGUGAUAAUGCUUGUGAAGUAGCCCAAAUGAUUAGACUAAUCAGGGAUUAUAAUAUUCAAAAUCAAUCAGAGAACAGAUCAUUUAAACCAAUUAUUGUAUCCCUAGAAGCUGAAAAGUUGAGACUAUCUGCGGAGUUAAUCAAACAUGAUAUGUGGAAACUACCCGAUGUUAUGUUUAUAAGUAAAGAUUUUGCCAAAAGUGAAGGAUUUCAAUCAAUGGCAGACGCCAUGCAAGGCUUUUUUCCCAGAAUGAAGGAAGAAGCUGUUUUGAUUUGUGCAUGGGGAGAGGAAGGUGCAGCCGCCAUGUCUGCCAGGACAGGAAUGGUGUUUUCAGCUGCAUAUAAACCCCAAACUGUGGUAGACACUUGUGGUGCUGGUGAUACAUUCCUUUCCGCCACAAUACUGGCCUUGACCAAAGGAAGACCACUAAAAGAAUGUAUAACUUUUGGAUGUCAAGUAGCAGGUGCAAAAUGCGGUAUGCAGGGUUUUCAAAAGUUGAAAGAAAAACAUUUUCAAGUAUAAUUUAAAUUAUGCACACAUUUGCUAUAAUUAAUAUUAUGUACACAUUUGCUAUAAUUCUUACUUGAGUAAAAUGAACUGAAAACUCAUUUUUAUUUUGAACAUUUCUCAUCAAAAUGUGUGUUCAAGUGUUAAACUAGUUUCAGUACAUAAAAAACUCUAUUGUGUUCUCAGUCAUAAACCAUUAAGUAUACCUCUAUAAAAUAAGAAUUAUAUUAUGUUUGUUGUUUUCUUUUCAAUUUUAAAGCCAAGGCAAUAUUUAAAAUGUCUUAAAAAUCAAAUUACAUUUACAUAUUUGCUGUGUUUUUUAGAAAAUAAUUGAUUGAAAUGUAUUCUCUUUAACUUCCAUAUUAGAAACUCAUGUGGGAAGGUUGUUGUUUUUUUGGCAGAUUAUUCCACACUAACAAAUGGGUUAUUGGGAUACAUAGUCACACUGCUGAUAAACAAUUAGAACAGAAAAAGUCUACAUAAGUAUAUGGCAAUGUCUUCGAUAUUAGAAACUCAUGUGGGAAGGUUGUUGUUUUUUUGGCAGAUUAUUCCACACUAACAAAUGGGUUAUUGGGAUACAUAGUCACACUGCUGAUUAACAAUUAGAACAGAAAAAGUCUACAUAAGUAUAUGGCAAUGUCUUCGAUAUUAGAAACUCAUGUGGGAAGGUUGUUGUUUUUUUGGCAGAUUAUUCCACACUAACAAAUGGGUUAUUGGGAUACAUAGUCACACUGCUGAUUAACAAUUAGAACAGAAAAAGUCUACAUAAGUAUAUGGCAAUGUCUUCGAUAUUAGAAACUCAUGUGGGAAGGUUGUUGUUUUUUUGGCAGAUUAUUCCACACUAACAAAUGGGUUAUUGGGAUACAUAGUCACACUGCUGAUUAACAAUUAGAACAGAAAAAGUCUACAUAAGUAUAUGGCAAUGUCUUCGAUAUUAGAAACUCAUGUGGGAAGGUUGUUGUUUUUUUGGCAGAUUAUUCCACACUAACAAAUGGGUUAUUGGGAUACAUAGUCACACUGCUGAUAAACAAUUAGAACAGAAAAAGUCUACAUAAGUAUAUGGCAAUGUCUUCGAUAUUAGAAACUCAUGUGGGAAGGUUUUUUUUUUGGCAGAUUAUUCCACACUAACAAAUGGGUUAUUGGGAUAUAUAGUCACGGUACACUGCUGAUUAACAAUUAGAAUAGAAAAAGUCUACAUAAGUAUAUGGCAAUGUCUUGAUUCAGAAGAUUAUGAGUGAGUGCAGUGUUUCACAUAAGGAUACCGGUAUACAAAUAAUGUAAUUAACACAUUAAAAUAGGACUUUCAAAAUAAUAAUAGGUAUUUUUUUUCAUCAGUACAAUAAGAAAUUAUAUAAUAUAGAAUGUUAUUUUUUAUUUUACCCAGAAUUUUGUGGUUACAAAAAUUAGAACAGACCUAUAGCAAGGCCAUAUAUUAUAUUUACCAUUGUUUUUUAGUAAUAUUAAAACUGAUUAAAAUUUAUAUUGCAAUCAGUAACAUUUAUCAAAAUUGUUUUAAAAAAUAUACCGCAAUCAGUAGCAUUUAUUACAAAUAAAUAAAAAUGUAUGCUACAAUCAGUAACAUUUAUUACAAUUUAUAAAAAUGUAGGCCCUAUGCUGCAAUCAGUAGCAUUUAUUAAAAUUGUAGCAUAGUGGUAAGGUUAAAGAAUAUGAUGCUGGGACCUAAUUCCGUAUAGUUUGAAAGUAACAAAAAAAUAAUAAUAAUCCAGUCAUUCUUUAUGUAUCAGUACAUUUAUAAUGCAGGUAGUGCAGGUAAUACCUUUUGCAAAUCAUAUCAGAGCCUUUACACUCAAUUCAGUAAUGAUUUCUAAAUUGAUCAAAAUACUUAAAUUAGUAGUCAAAAUUUUGUUUUAGUUUUUCGAUUUAGGGCUCCCGAGAGCUCCUAAUGGUCAAGGGUCUGAUUCGAACGCAAUGUGCCCCCCCACACACACACACACAAUGGUUGCUGCUCCACUGACUCCUGUAUACGGUAUAUAUAUAAAUAUAUAUUUGCAUUUUGUUUUUAUUUAUGAUGUUGCAAUACAUUUUUAAUAAUGUUAGUCACACUUAAGUUAAAAAUAUUGCUGUAUCAUAUCACCAUAUUCUUCUAAGCGCAAGGAUUUGUUAUAUUAAAUAGGAAUGUAUGGGAUUUAAAACUUAAUGCGCAUAUAAUUAUUAUAAUGUAACCUACAAUUAUAUGUGCAAUGGCAUGAAUGUAACCUAGGCUAUGAUAUCGUAUAGGGAGAACUUAUUAAAAGAAAGUUAUAAACUUAUAAUAGAUCUAGACCUAAUUAAGUUUAAUCUACAACAAUGUCAAUGAUACGACAUUAGUGCAGUAGUGGUCUGUUCAUAUGAUUAUAGACAGUCAGAUACUAGUAGUAGAUCUAGAGACUAAUUAUUAAUAACUAUAUUAUUUUAUAUAUAUAUUUGCUCUAGAUCUAUAUAGCUGACUGUAGAUAUAAAAUAAAUAUUUAUUUUGUCCUUUAA